AUGGAGGCAGGAGUUUUUUCCAUGGGCUUGCAAUUAGGCCCAUGUAUAAACCCAGAAAAAUUUGCAAGAAAACCGAACAAUUCGUUGCAUUUCUUUCAGAAAUAUGGAGAGCAACCGGUUUGUUGGGCACCUGCUAAAUGUCAUCAGCUAGCACGAAGUUUCAGAUUUUAUGGACCGAAGGUUUUAAGGGUGUCGAGUUCCGAGAACGGUUCUGCUUCCGUGCUGGAGGCUACCGAGGUUCCAGAUGAAUUAAAGAUAAUGAAGAAAAAAUCAGAAGAAGAGAUCAAACCAUAUUUGCAUGGUAGAUGUAUUUAUCUUGUUGGCAUGAUGGGGUCUGGAAAAACAACGGUUGGCAAGGUUUUGGCAGAAGCCCUUCGAUAUACAUUUUUCGACUGUGACAAAAUGGUAGAGCAGGCCGCUGGUGGAAAAACUGUGUCUGAAAUCUUCAAGUCACAUGGGGAGAAAUUUUUCAGAGAUAACGAGCAUAUGCGAAAGGGUGUUACUGUUUGGCUCGAUGUGCCUUUGGAAGCCUUAGCACACCGAAUCACAGCUAUUGGAACUAAUUCUCGACCCCUUUUGCAUCAUGAAUCUGGAGAUCCUUAUUCCAAGACUAUGAAGCGGUUAUCUGCCCUUUAUGAAGAGAGGGGCGAAGCAUAUGCGAAUGCAGAUGUUCAAGUUUCUCUUCAAAAUCUUGCAGCCAAACUCGGAUUUGAGGAUGUAUGCAGUCUUACUCCAACUGCAAUUGCGUUUGAGGCGCUUCUACAACUAGAAAGUUUCUUGAAGAAAUAA